AUGCAAACCAGCCGGGCUCCGGCCACCAGCGUCAGCGCCGAGAGCUGCAUCCCGGCCGGGCUGCGCCUGGGUCCUGUGCCGGGCAUCUUCAAACUGGGCAAGUACCUGUCGGACCGCAGGGAGCCGGGACCAAAAAAAAAGGUGCGGAUGGUGAGAGGGGAGUUAGUGGAUGAAGCCGGGAGCUCAGCUCUGGAAUGGAUAGGGUUAAUCCGGGCUGCCCGGAACGCCCAGGAGCAGACACUGGAGGCUGUUGCGGAUCUGCCAGGAGGACAGAUUUUCUACCGGGCGCUGCGAGAUGUCCAGCCGGGAGAGGAGCUCACCGUCUGGUACUCCAACCCUCUGGCGCAGUGGUUUGACAUCCCCGUCACGGCCACCCCGACGCACGACGAGAAAGGGGAGGAGCGGUACAUCUGCUGGUACUGCUGGAGGACCUUCAAGUACCCCAACAGCCUCAAGGCCCACGUCCACUUCCACUGCGCACUGAGCCACGGCCGCCCCUUCCUUCACCACGACCACGGCCGCCCCACCGCCGCCGCCUUCGGCCUCCCCCCCAAAGAGCCGCCGGCCUCCGCGCUGCGUGGCCAUCCGCCGCCGGGCUGCGGCCCGAGGGAGGCCGUCAAGCGGGAGGCCGCCGCCGGUGUCUCCCCGCCGCUCGCCAAGCCGGGACUGUCCAAGCGGGUGUCGGGAAAGGAGGAGCAGGAGCGCGCCCUGGACAUGAGCGUGGGGGCCGCCCGCGGACCGGAGCCGCUGCUGGGGCCGGCGGGGGGCAACGGGCUGGCGCUGUGCCCCGGGGCCCGCUCGGCCUUCCGCCCCGCCGGGCCGCUGCGGGAGGAGGCGCGGGGCUCCGCUGCCCUCGGCUUCUCCAAGCUGCUGGGGGGGCUGAAGGCGGGACGCGCCGCCGCCGAGGCGCCGCCCAAGUGCGGGGCGCUGCCGGGCGAGGCCGCUCCCCCGGCGGCCGCGGGGCUGGCGUGCGGCGGCGGGCUCCGCGCCUUCCCGCUGCUCUCGCCGCUGGAGGAGGCCUCGGCCUUUCGGCAGGUGGAGCGGGGACUGCCCGCCGCCGCGCUGCCCCCCGCACGCUACCCGCCGCUGCCCGGCGGUGCGCUGGAGCGCUUCGCCCUGCCACCCUUCGAGGGGCUGAAGGCCUACGCGGGGGAGUGCGGGCUGCCGGUGAUGCCGCUCACCGUCUACAACGGGGAGCUGCUCUACGGUGCUGCUCCCUACUACCCGCUGAAGCUGCAUCUCGGCGGCCUCCUCAAGUACCCCGAGUCCGUGUCGUACUUUGGCGGGCCGGCGGCCGGGCUGCACGCCGCCGAGCUGGGCUCGCUGGCCAGCAUCGACCGGGAGAUCGCCAUGCACACCCAGCAGCUCUCCGAGCUGGCGGCGGAGAAGGGUCGCGGCCGGCUGGAAGCAUUGCCCGCCGGGGCGGCGCCGGGGGCCGGCGGCAAACCCAAAACUGGGCACCUAUGCCUGUACUGCGGGAAGCUGUACUCCCGCAAGUACGGGCUGAAGAUCCACAUGCGGACUCACACCGGCUACAAGCCGCUCAAGUGCAAGGUCUGCCUGCGGCCCUUCGGGGACCCCAGCAACCUCAACAAGCACAUCCGGCUGCACGCCGAGGGCAACACUCCCUACCGCUGCGAGUACUGCGGCAAGGUGCUGGUGCGGCGGCGCGACCUGGAGCGCCACGUUAAGUCCCGUCACCCCGGGCAGAGCCUCGGCAAGGCGGCCGAGGACAAGAGUGACUCUGGCUACGCGCAGCCCGGCGAGCAGGAGCAAAAGACUGACAACGAGAGCGACGUGGAUGUCUGCUUCACCGACGACCAGAGCGACCCGGAGAGCGGCAGCAGGAACCACGAGCAGUGAUGGAGGAGGCGGCCCGGGGUGGGACGGGGGCGGGGGGCUGGCUGCAGACCUCCCUCACACCUAACUCUGAGCUCCUGGCCUCCUAGGGUGGUGCCGGGAGGCCGUGCCGCGGGAGUGUGCGGGCUGGCAGAUCCCGCCGGUGGCGGGGCGGUCGGGAGGUCCCGACUCUCCCGCCGCCGUUUCGCCCGCAGUGCCGGGAGAAGGUCGGGAGAAGGGAGAAACCCUGGCGGGGCCGGGAUCCCCCCCGGAAAGGCACCGAGCCCAUGCUUCAGUGGCCGUAUACUUUUAUGGUACCUUUGUGUGGAGGAAAUUGUGCCUUUUGGAAACGAUUUUUUUCUAUGUGCUCUCCCGCCGCUGUUUCCAGCUGCCCGAACCGGGCAGUCCCGGGGCUGCAAGCGCCUCUGGCAUCUCUACACUUUAUCCGACAUCUCAGACGUGCUUUCGCGGGGCCUAAUAAAGCAAUACCAACAGCUUUCUUUUAUUAUUACGAUUCUUUUCUAAAGAAAAAGAGGCAAGAGAAAGCCACACUCAGAGCACUGAAGAGGUUUGCAUAUAACAGGUGCACCGUUUGAUCAAGUUGCAAUUAUUUAUAUCAGAUACUGUUCGAGUGAGAGAUGUAAAAUACCUACCGAAAAGCAUGAGUCUCAAAGCACGCACUCUAGCAUUUUAAAGGAAACACACUCUGUUUGGUAGAAUACAACUGUGGUGUCUGUCUGUUUUCUAAUGGCUGAUGUACAGUGGGUACAGUAUUUUGGUCCUGGUUCCAGUUUGUCAUGCGAUUUUUUUUCAAAAAAAAAAAAAAAAAAAAAAGAAAGACAAAAAAAGGGAAAAAAUAAAGUUAAUGACAGACUGGUGCUUGUCGAGUCCUUCUCUGAAGUGCUGCCAGCAGGAUCUAGCUGAAGUGCUGCCAGCAGGAUCUAGCUGAAGUGCUGCCAGCAGGAUCUAGCUCACCCUUCUCCACAACGCUUCUGGGGAUCAGUUCAGCCCAGAUCCUGCUGCAUUCACUGCCGUUGGGUCGAGCUUUAAAGAAUUUCCCCCUGAAUAUUUCGUCUGAAUGUUUUCCUUCUCUCAGCAAAAAAAGGGCCCAAACCCCAACCAAUCAAGUCCGCAAAACCCCAAUCGAACAAAGCGCAAACGAAAAACACCCUAAUAGCACC